AUGACACCACCACUUAUCGCUCUAGAAGAGCACUUUCUUUCGACAGCGGUAUUAAAUGCCUUCGAUCAAGCAUACCAAGAACAAUUCAAAGCAAUACCGAUGGCAAAGGAAAAGCUCUCAGACCUGGACGAACUACGGCUAAGCGAGAUGGAAAAAGGCAAAGUCUGGUUACAGGUCAUCUCGCAUGCUCCAGCACCUGGUGGCGCUUCCCUAGACCAGUGUAGAUCAGGCAACGAUGAGCUGGCUGCAGCAGUACGGAAGCGACCAGACAGGUUUGCAGGGUUCGCAGUGCUUCCGGUCGCAGAUCCAGCAGGAUGCGCUCAAGAGCUCGAGCGAACGGUGAAGGAGCUCGGGUUUGUCGGCGCUCUCAUCGACAACCAUGUCAAUGGCACAUAUUACGAGGGCCCGGAGUACGAUGUGAUGUGGCAAAAGGCGCAGGACCUCGAUGUAGCAAUUUACCUCCAUCCGACAUGGCCGGCCGAGAACAUGAUGCCGCAAUACACUGGCAACUUCAGCGGCGGAGCAUCGCGGAGUCUGGGCGCAUCUGGUUGGGGAUGGCAUACUGAGACCGGUCUGCAUGUACUGCGGCUCUACGCUGCUGGUGUCUUCGACAAGUUCCCUCGCCUCAAGAUCAUCAUCGGUCAUUUCGGCGAGAUGCUGCCUUUCUCUUUACAGCGGAUCUGCAACCUCAGUGUUCGAUGGGGCGAUCAACAAAGGAAGCUGAAGCAAGUCUGGGAUGAGAAUAUCUGGAUCACAACAUCCGGCGUCUGGAGCCUGGAUCCAAUGCGAUGCAUUCUCGGUAACACAAAGAUCGACCACAUUCUGUUCAGCGUAGACUAUCCAUUCGAGAAGAAUGAGAAUGGCCUCAAAUGGAUAGAAGAGCUUGAGCAGAGCGGGCUGGUGACACAGGAGGAACUAGAGAUGAUCGCCUACAAGAAUUCCGAGAAGUUGUUGCGAUUAAAGGCGCCGCAUAUCGCGAAUGGGAUAUGA